AUGCUGGCAAGCCGCGCCUGCCGAUUCCCUCAAACAGUGUGCAUUCCGAGUCGUGCUAGACAUCUUUGGCGAUUCGCAUAUCAGCUAAACUUCCAUCCCGGUAUACGUCUUCGUAGCCUCCGUCACCUCCAUCUCACACCCUCGUCGCGCCCUGACACCGAGACACUAUUCACUAGCUCGUCGAAUCGUUGGCUCUGCAACGACGAGCUGCAACACAAAGUCCGAUCUGCUCCGUUCAACCCCGACGCUCUUGAACAUGUGGCGUGCAACAGUGUGGAUGCUCAGCACUGUACAUCAUGGGUGAAAAUAGGAGAAGGGUCUUUCAACAGAAUCUUCUUGCUCCGUUUCGACAAUGGAGCGGAGGUAGUCGCCCGUAUUCCUUUGCCGCUCAUAGGCAACGUUGAGCGAACGAUAGCCAGCGAGGCUGCCACCAUGUGCUACGUUCGCGAGAGGUGGAUUAACAAUCGCUCUCGCAAUGUGCCCCUUCCUCCUAAGGUUCUUGCGUGGAAGGCGUCAUACAACAAUCCCGCACAGACGCCGUACAUCAUUCUGGAGUACGCACCAGGCAUUCCGUUAUAUCCUCGGUGGCCUGCAAUCCAGGGCGAGACCGCUGGUGCAGCCUUGCAGAGCAUCGCUGAGCUAGAAUGGGCGUUGCUUCGCCAGAAUUUCUCUCACAAUGGGUCUCUGUACUUUGCAGAAGACGCGCCGGACGGCGACGAGCGCAGCCGUCCUCUGUAUACAGAUGAUGACUGUUAUCCUGCCGAGCUGAAUCGGGAACUGGCCGCCAAAUAUCGGAUUGGGCCGACUGCAAAUCGUGAAUGGUGGCGUGCAGGCUAUGGCAAUGUGGAUGCUGACCGCGGACCGUGGCCGGAUAUGCAAAGUAUGAUCAAGAGUGCUGCGGAGCUCCAACUGCGUGCAAUGGACACCGUCGUCGAUUUCUCGUCCCCGCUUGUCAAGCCGAACCCCAGCGACAUCCCUUUGCUGCGCUGUCUGCUGAACACCUGCAUUCGCAUCGCUCCCUUCAUCAUUCCCUCCGACCCCGCCAUGACGGCCCCAGUGCUCAAUCACCCGGACCUCUCACUCAAUAACCUUAUCGUCCCGCCCGAGGGCCUAGCCUAUGUUCACCAUGUGAUUGACUGGCAGGGGGCGACUAUCUCCCUUUCUGCAUGCAAUGUGGUGUCCCCACAGCAGUGGCGUACACAGAGGGAGUGGUCCCGAUACCGGUAG